UGUUUGAAAGGUUUAACAUCAUUCACUGAAGUGAUUUUCAUACUAGAAGACAUGAAUGUUUUAAUUUUUUUUAGGAUCACCGUGAAGAAUGAAAAUGAUAGAUAUGAUUUUAUCUAUAAUUCCGUCAUAGGCGAAAAAUUUUACAGGUGCAGAAUAUAUUCUUAGGAAUAUAGUCUUUAUAUUUCCAGUACUCACUCCUCCUUCCUCCACGUCGACUGCCACCUAGAUAAGUCAUUUUUUCUACACGCGACACGUGUCUGAAGCGCUGCAUUUCAUUAAGGGUCUAACUGGUGACCAAAGAAUAAAAGAGAAUAAUGCAUUCCUUAUUAUUUCUUUUUUUAUUUUACCAUUUACAUGAAAUAAUUUUUCCUUUCCAUUCCUUCUCUUUCCUUUUAUUCUAGAGGAAUAUAGAACAAAUUUGUUCAUUCCCAAAAUUGAUAAGGAAUAAUUUUCCUUUUUAUUCCUAUAAUUUUUUCCUCUUCAUUUUUUUCCUAUUCAUUCAUAAUGUUCCUAUAAUGGUACCGUGAUGGGUUUUUCAUGUUUGAUGUGUGUUGGGUUCUGAGAAAGGAGGCUGCAUCCGGCCCAGAAGAGAGGUGCUUCGCGUUGUAACCCUAAUUGCUAGAUCGAGACUGCGUAUCGACUUUCCUUUCUUACGGCUGCGACGCCUGAGUUUCUUUCCCUGGCUGGCCGGAGCUGUAACUCUGUCUUUAUUGCAAUAAAAUCCAUCGCCCAACAAACACAAAGAGUCGCCCAACAAAUGCCCUUUUGUCUUCAUCACCUACACGAUGUAUUAGGGUUCAUGUUCUUUCUGCGACUAACAUUGUUUUCCUUCGUUUUUCGAACCAACUAUGGAGUUUCAAGAUGUUCAACUCACGUGAAAAAUAGCUUUGUGAAUCUUCAGUGGCGACUUUAUACCUUCUCCUCUAAUCAACGAAACGUUACGAGUUAUUGAUUCAUCAGCUUCGAGCACGAUCUGUCAUUGAAUGCAGCUUACCCUUCUGCAAGGCGGUGCCUUCUUGAACAUCAUCCUCUCAACUGUAGAAAACAGUAAAGAAAAAUUUUCUCUUUAAAAUGGCAAAUUCAUCAAUCUUCUUUCUGAUUUGAAGUCAGGCCGAUGUUCUUCCAUUGUGGAGGAGAUGAAAUUCCUCAGAUUCUGAAAGCCAUAAACGUGGGGAGCUGAUGGGCUGGGUAUGCUCUUACUGGAUUCAAGGGUGAUUAUGUUCUUAAACUCAUGUUCAUGAACUCAAAAUGGAUUCCGACGAAGUCGAUUCAAUCCAACUCCAAACGCUCCAUCCUUAUCAUCCUGGAAAGAUAUUGAGCAUCAAAGAAGCUUUUGUAACAUUAACCAUUUAUUUGGAACCGAAGGUUCACUAUUUAACAGAGAAAUCCAUCGAGGUACUCAGAACACAUACAACCCCAUACACGAGCCAAAUUAUGACCAUAGCGAAACCACACUUGGAGAAAGUACAAGUUGUCUUAGAGCCAUAUACCAAAAACGUAAGGCAUGGCUUUAAAAAGUUGGUUGAGUCCACCAAAGUCUACCAUCGGUAGGCUCAAGAAAUGUUGAAGAACAAUGAGAUUACCAAACCGGUUGCAAAAUGGAUUUAGCUUGGGUUGGGGCCACAGCUUUGAUUGGUUCCCCUCUCAUAUUCAUCAUCAAAUUGCUUUCUGCAGUCUCCAAGUAAGCUAUGAACAUCUUUCAAGAAUAUCAAAUAGUCCUAAGGGGAAGAAGAGAUACAGCCAUAAACAAGAACCAAGCAUUGGAUAUCGACGAGGCAAACCUGCCUCUAUCACCAUCAAUCAUCUGCCACCUCGAAUCAGUUUAGGACUUUACUAGGAUUCUGGAGUUAAGUUUUUGGUUAGACCAUUUUUUUUUGUUUGCUUGCUAUGUGAUACUUGAUGUAAUCUUUGCCUGCUCCUACUUACGAAUUAUAUGAUUCCAGUCACUGUGAUGUGUUUGCCUGAGAGUUUAAACACGUCCUGUCUAUUUUUAUAGCAAUGUGAUACUUGAGAAGAAAGCGUUCUAUGUUUUAUGUUACUAAAGUGGUCUAGAAGCUUUGUGAUACUUGAGAAGAAAGCGUUCUAUAGUAUUUAUAGUAUAAAAUCUUCCUUUGAAGAAUAGAAUUUUCUCACAAUCAACAUGAUAGAAAUAAAUCGUUCACAAAAUGCAUACUUUCUGUAAUGUCUUUCUACUAGUAUAAAAUCUUCAUUCAAAUAACAAAGGAUUUAAUUCAAUAUAAUUAAUUACUUUCUGGUAUUUUUCCAAUUAUUAUUUUAUGUACAAUAAAAGUUGGAAAUUAGUUUUUGACAAAUGCAAAUCAUCUAGGCGUGUCAAUGAUGGAAACUUCUUAAAAAGGAGAUGUAUUUGAAUAGAAUCAAUUGAAUUCAAUUAAUUGUAAAUGGUAAAGAAUCUCUAUUAUAUAAUAUCCAUGGAAAUGUAACUAAGACCAUUAAAAACAAAGAAACUGUUAAAUUUCUGAUAUCAAACACCCUUUAAGCUCUUAUUUCAUAAAACAAUACCAACUUUUACACACGAGUAAAAGACAAUAGAUGAUGAAACCAGUUCCAAGGCUUCGGCUGUUCAUCUCAGUUACUUUUGUGUUAUGUCUGUUCGUUGUGUUUCAAAUCCAUAAAUCAGAUUUGUUCGGAAAAAAUCUCCAAAUCACUCAUCAAGUUAACAACUUCUUCAUAUCCAUCGCUUCUUCUUCACACCAUCAAACCCAAAACCUCACCAAAUAUUCCAACGAGAGUGAUGGAAACAGAGCAAAACAGCCCGAGUCACAAGCAACAGAUACUUGUGCCGGAAGGUACAUAUAUAUGCACGAUCUUCCAAGCAUAUACAACGACGACAUCAUCAAAGACUGUCGACCACUCAUCAAAUGGUUUGAUAUGUGUCCCUUCAUGGUCAACUCCGGUCUCGGUCCCCAGGUUUUAGAGCACGCUAACAAGACAGCUCAAGUCUUAACCACCGAAACCGGUUCUUGGUACUCAACAAACCAGUUUUUGCUAUCGGUUAUCUUCCGUGAGAGGAUGAAACACUACGAGUGUUUGACGAACGAUUCAUCUCUAGCCUCAGCGAUCUACAUCCCAUACUACCCGGGAUUCGACGUGAGCCGUCACCUCUGGGGAUACAAUACAACAGUUAGAGACGCACUGGCGACAAAGCUGUCUCGGUGGCUUAGAGAGAGACCCGAGUGGAGGAAAAUGCACGGUCGAGACCACUUUUUUGUAGCCGGACGGAUCGGUUGGGACUUCAGGAGAUGUCCGGAAGAUUCAGAGUGGGGAAGCAACCUGAUGUGCCUGCCAGAAUUUUCUAACACGACGAUGCUAUCUAUCGAAACCACUGCUUGGACCAACGAGUUUGCGGUUCCUUAUCCGACUUACUUCCAUCCAAAGAGCUUAACCGAGGUUCGGAUGUGGCAGAAGAAAGUCAAGAGUGUGAAGAGGAGACACUUGUUUUGUUUCGUUGGAGCACCAAGGCCGACCCUAGAUGGAUCCAUCAGGGGAGAGAUUAUAAACCAGUGCCUUGCAUCUCACGGUAAAUGCAAGUUUCUUAACUGUAAUGAACCAGGUAACGAUUGUGAUAAUCCGGUUAAGAUAAUGGAUGUGUUUCAACGUUCGGUUUUCUGUUUACAACCUCCUGGGGAUUCAUAUACUCGAAGAUCGAUAUUUGAUUCGAUUUUGGCCGGUUGUAUACCGGUUUUCUUCCAUCCCGGUUCGGGUUAUAAGCAGUAUAUGUGGUAUUUUCCUAAGGAUUAUACCAGGUUUUCGGUUUACAUACCGGAGAAUGAAAUGAAGAAUGGAACGGUGAGUCUCAGGGAUUUGUUGGGUAGGAUUGAUAAGGAGAGUGUUUUGAGGAUGAGGAACGAGGUUGUGAAGAUUAUACCGAGGAUAGUAUACAGUAAACCGGGAUUGGUUGGACCAGAGAAGAUUGAUGAUGCCUUUGACAUUGCAGUUGAUAGGGUUAUUGAGAGGGUAGCAAUGGUUAAGAGGAUGAUGGGAGAAGGAAAAGAUCUUCAGAGUGAGUAUUCGCAAACAAGGGAUUUGAAGAAACUUGAGUGAUAAUCACAUUAAAGAUUUUAAAAUUAUUAUUAUUAUUUUGUGAUACUUGUUUUAUUAUUGAGAGAUUUGCAUAGAAAAUAUACAAUAAUAAUAAAAUUUGCAAGAAUGGAAAAACAUGUGGAGCCCAAUAACAGUAGAUGCAAAAAGACACUGCUAACCCUAUCACUUGUAUACUUCUCCCUCUCUCUUUUUUUUUUAAUUGUAACAAAAUUAUAUUAAUCUUUCCCUGAUAAAAGGACGUCGGAGAAAAUAUACGGUAUCGGAAAAACGUCGGAAUCCUAAACGAACGGAUUCAGCAAGAACGAACAAGCAUAAACACAACAAAAUCUAGACCAAGAUAUAAAGAGAGGAGAUUGUAACGAGGGAAAGAAGACAUAUGAGUUGGCCCAGCCCCGACGAACACGAAGGGGUAUUGGAUCCGAUGGCCUCGCAAAUUCACGGCAGCCGGUGUGUUCAAAACCGUACAUCGAUCCAUCCACGAUUAGUCUUCACCAAAAGAGUCAUCCCCGUAGUUGUUCUGCGGCCUCGACCGCUGGAAUCUACAAGAGACCCGACUCUCAAACUUUUUCCACCAAGUUCAGCUGCUGCCUCGCCGUCACACGCAUACUACAGCACCACACACAAACCCUAAAAUAUACCGGCCAAUAAGAGCUUCAACAUCUAAGAGGGAGAUGUCCCGAAGAACCGACAUCCCCAAAACAAGCUCGUCGACACCAGGAUCUUCACAGCGACGGCGCAACAAAAAGACUGUAGUGCCGAUAACUAACUAGCAAAACUCCGCAAAGAUAAUAUAAUAAUUAGCCAUCUAACAUGAGUUAUUAAAAUUUAUGUAUUUGUUUGUUUAGCUGGCUAAU